AUGGCUGAUUUGAUACCAGGUGCAGGUGUUCACAGGGCUGUUACCUGCCUUUGGACUUCCUUUUGUCUCAUGUCUGUUUCAGCAGGUUCCAUCAUGAAGUUGUGCAGGAUCAGCAUUACCAGGAUUGGCAGUACCAUGUGUCUGGUGAUUGUCAUGUUUCUGUGGAUUCUGACCAUUUCCAGAGGAGAUACUGAAGUUUCCUGUGUUUUCAUGACAACGUGCAUCUUACCGUGCACUUUCCAGGGAAACACUAGAGGAGUAUACAUCCACUGGAUGCACUUGUCAGAGGGACACCCUCUUGUAUACUUGUACUAUGGCAACAAAGACCAGCUCAGAACUCAGGACCAACAAUUCAGAAGCAGGACGUUGCUGUUCCAGGACCAGCUCUCCAAAGGAAACGCCUCACUCCAGCUGACAGGGGUGCAGGUUCAGGACGAGGGCAGAUACAGCUGCUACAUCAGCACCAUUAAUACAGAAAAGGAUUCAUUUAUCAACCUUAAAGUGCACACCCCAGUCAAAGUCAGCAUUCAGCAUGUAGGAAACAGGAUCACCUGCAGCUCAGAGGGCAUCUACCCUAAACCUGAGCUCACCUGGUCAACCAGACCUCCAUCCAAGGUGAGCUUCAAGAAUACAACAACAGUCGAGCAGACCAAGCAGCAGCUCUACAACAUCAACGGUUCCUUGAUAGCUUCACUCAAUGAAAGUGAUCGAGUCUACAGCUGCACUGUGAGCACUCAGAGGAACAGGAGGAGAGCCAGUCUGAGGCAGCUACCUUCAGUUACUGGCAGCUUCACUGAAACCACAAUCCCCUGCCCCAGCUUUAACACUUCUCCAACAAGCCUCAUUUGGAGAUUCCGUAAUUGUGCAAUUUUGGAAAAGACUGGGUCUGGUUCCAACUACACAGUCUCAAAGGAGUGGAAGCAGCAUGUGAAGGCUGUAUCAGAGUUGGGAAGCCUCACAUUACUGGGCUUAUCUUCAGAGAAGGAGGGAAUAUACACAUGUGAGAUUAGUAAUGCUGAGGAGAUGCUGAUUAAUUACACCAUUAUUCGAAUAAGUCAAGGAAAUACACACAUGACUAUUAUAGCAAUUACUGCAGGGGUGGUAGUACUCGUAUGCAUCCUAUCGUCAGUCUGCCUGGUGCUGUACUGCAAAAAGAAAAGAGGUCAGCAAGAAAACAGCAUGACAGCGUCAGAGAGUGGUGAACCCAACAUUUAACAGAGAAGUUGAACUUCAUGGAUUUAAAGAAGCAAAGUCUCCUGUGAGCUGUUAAUACACCAAACGUCCCUCUGAUUCAUCCAACUAAAGAUUGCAUAACUUAAUAACUGAAUUUUAAGAAAUGUUUGAUAUGUAAGAGUAAACCACAGCAAGAUGAAGAAAAAAAUGAUCUUCUGCAGUGGGAAGCCAACUGUCAGCCAGGCACAUGAAUGUUUUAUGCAGUAAAAUAAUGUGAAAGGAAGCUAUUCGGCUUCACAUUUGAUUGAUGGAACUGGAAGUGACCUCAUCCCAGUUACCACUAUGACUGAGAUAUUUUACACUUUCACCUACAAACUGCAUGAUUUUAAUGACUAGCUGCAGGUUUUAUUGUCAUAAUAAAAAUGUGAUGG